AUCAGAGGCAACAAGCUGAACAUAUGCCCAGUGGUUAAUGCUGUGGAAAUUCGGGCCAACAUCUGUUCUCCGCCUUCUGCUUUCCCGUGUGUUAGAUAAAAUCCCAGUUUGCCCUUACUUGACGAUGAUAUCGUUUCGUGUGGCUCUGCUGAUAAUGAUCGCUUUGUAUCAAAUUGCCAGUAACGAUUUUUGGUCGCAAAGUAGGUGUUGCGCCAAUGCUGAACAACCUACAACAACCGCCGAGGUUGAGGCAAAACGUAAAAUUAAGUCUCUCGUAGAAAUUGCACUCCGCAGAGUCGCAGAUGUCGAGCGACAGCUUCAAGAACGAAAUGGCACUUGUGAUAAGGUUGAUUUACUGAACAUAACUUUUGACGAAAGGAGAUGGAGGCCAGAAGCACUUUUGACGGUACAAGUGGCUAAUCUGAUGACAUCGCUGUGGCGCUCGCGCGCAAGAGACGGUGAUCCCAUUGGAACUAACGACGCGCUUCUGUAUCACUACGUACGCUCGAUCGUUUUAUUUUCGCCGUCUGUCUUCGGUUCAGUGAUUUGCUUUGACAACUAUUUGUACAAGAACUACACAAGAUUUUGUCCCUAUGCAUUCAGAGAUCCCGAGUUUAAAAAAAGUGUUCAUGUCAUAGAUAUAGUUUCGGCGAGUCAAGGUUAUGACUACACGACGGACGAAAAUGCGAUUUGGUGGCACAAACCUAAAAAAAAAGCACUUACUUUCCGUCCCGAGAGCAUCACAAGCUAUUAUGAAGUACGAUACAACUUAACCCACACGGAUAAGCUGAAAAAACGGGUCUUCCCGCAUGUGACAUUUGAAGAUGGGGCAUGGACGCGACCUUACUUCGACUGCUUUGGUGGAAAGGUUUGGAUGGUGACCUAUCUCGCUCCUUUCUACAACGAAACGGACGACUUCCUGGGUGUGGUCAGUAUCGAUGUGGUACUUAGCGACAUUGACAUUAACCAGUGUGACGAGCAGGAGUCCUCUGAAUCUGAUGAUGGAGUGGAGAAAGGACUCGGAUAUGCAUCGGAUAAUUUAAUGGAAUUCAUGGGUACUCAUCUCUGCAAGAAAUCAACAGAGUGUCAAGCAAUCCACAAUCAAGGAUUCAAGCGAGGGAGCUACAUAUGCACAUGUAAGCGAGGCUUUUACUUCCCUGACAGUCAGGCGUCUGUAAAGGCUUUUAACGGAACCCUCAUUGAGCUCCAACACGAUCGAUAUCUACGAGGCGACCCAAACUCUUACGAAGAGGAUUUCGAAUGCAUUCGUUGCAGUGUUGGAUGCGACGAGUGUGUUGACGACAAACCAUGCGUUUACAGCUCUAAUAGCUAUAUCCGUUUACCGCUGUUUUUUCUAAAUGCACUCGUUAUGUGUGUGGCUGUAGCAUUUGCUGUAUGCGUGGGAAUACACUGGAAUGACAGGAUUUUCAAGGCCUCCAGCACGCGCUUCAUGGAAAUAAUAUUGUUGGGCGCUACCUUAAUGUACUCAAAGCUCAUCGUUUCAUACUUCAAACCUUCAAGCCUCCGUUGUAUUGCACGACCCUGGUUGCGUCAUAUUGGAUUCGUUCUGGUGUAUGGAUCGUUGGCACUUAAAACAUGGAGGGUGGCAUUAAUAUUUCGAGUACGAUCGGCCCAGAAGCUCACUUUAUCAGACGGGGUACUGUUAAGACGGUUAGGUCUAUUGGUACUGUUAUACUCUGCUUAUCUCACUGUAUGGACUGCAAUGGCGCCACCAGACAUUGAAGAGGCGAGGACAUCCGAUGACUUGAAGUUUACGCGCUGUGUAGAGAAUUGGUUUGAUUUUACGGUCAUAUUCGCCGGGGACAUUGCGUUGUUGAUUUGGGGAAUGUGGCUUUGUUACAAGAUCAGAAAUGCACCGGCAGCUUAUAACGAGAGCAAGUACAUUAGCUGGGCCAUUUAUAACGCUAUGUUCGUCACCAGUUUCCUUAUGGUGGUCAGGAUCACAACGAAAAGAAGAACCAACCCAGACAUGAUGUAUGCUCUGGACUUUGUUCUGAUUCACAUGGACUGUUCUACUGUGUUAUUUCUCAUGUUCACACACAAGUUUUUGUUGUUACGCCAAAUGCAAAGAUCAGUGAAUAACGCUGUUCCAUCAAACAGCAACAACAUGCUUGUACCAGAUGACGAAAUUGUUGUAGAAAGAAUACCUUAUAAUCAAGAGGACUUAUUGAUGAAAGAAAACCAAGUAUUGAAGGACGAGAUGCGGCGACUGAGUGAAAAAGUAGCUGUUCUUCAGUCUCGCCUGAUGACAGAUGACAACCAUCCAGUAGAUAACAUAACCUCUCGCCGACGACAGAGUGCUUUCACCACACUUGUUACAGAAACUGGAAGUGAUCUGAAAGCAAAACGACUGUCAUUACAGCUGCCACUAUCACAGCUGCCUAAUUGCGAACGAGGCGAGGAAAAGUCCUCCAAGAAUCUAAUGCCCGACGUUAAUAAAAUUCAGGAAGCGAGUUUUCCACUGAAGCUGAAUCGCCCAUCAUCUUCAACAUCAUCGCUCCGUUCGGUUUCCGUGCACAGCAAAGAGGUUUCCCAGAGAAACUCUUCUCUAUGAUUCUCAGUAACGGUUGGCUUUGUGCAUAAAUACUUGCCGGAGUGCCUCGCAAAACCAAAAGUUUGAACCUUUAUUAAAAACCUCACUGAUUAGAGAUUUAUUUCUAUUAGAGCGCUUUUUGAUUGUAUUAUAAAAUCAAAACCAAAGUAAUUACAAUGGCCUCUCAAAGGUAUUUUCAUUUCGGAAGAAAUCAGAAUGCCUGUAAGAGCCAAUAGGAACUCGAAGUAAAACCGACGACGACUGCCAAAAGCGCAUGAAAACGUGAGCAACCAAGCCGUAAAUGGUUUAGGUAUUGCAUCUGAUUGGUAGAAAGAGUGGUGCGAGUUUUUCUGGACCAAUCACAGAGCGAAGUAAAGCAAAAGCAAAACAAUCCCUGAUUACUUUGCACAAUGUACUAAAAAUUGCUUCAGCUGUGUCAAAUGAAGUUCUUAAAGGACCUUACUAGGAUACUGUUUAUUUUUAAAAACUUCCACUUUAAUCCAGACCUCGCAACAGUAGAUGAAGCCUCCUACAGCAUAUCGCGAGCAAUGGUCGUUUGUCUAACACUUGGCACAGUACCAUGAAUAUGCCGACAUUCUUUUCUGUUAAUUUGUAAUUUAUAAGCACUGUUUAAAAAUGAUAAUUUUAGUUUUCAAUGGAUCCAGAAUUGAUUUCUUGAGACAGAUGGGGCUUCCGUAGAGAGGCGCGCCAUUUUAGAGUAUCCCACUCUACUUUUAACAAUGAAUUCAACAAAGAAAUGAAAAACGCACUACACUUUUUGUGUAGGGAAUUAAUGAUAAUAAAAUGUAACCUUAUGCCUUAAAUGGGAGAAGGAUUACUAUGCUUUUAAUUUAUUGAUGAUCUACAAUGAGUUCUAAGUGUUGUUUUCCA